GGAAAGAACACCCGAGACACCUUAGUGACCAGCUCUGUCUUUCACAGCCACGCCAGUUUGACUUUCGGGCUACGAUGCGGCAGUAGCGGAGAUUACCACACCUUAUCUUCGCGAUGCAAAUAUGACCGCUCAGCUAUUGGCGUCGGAGUUGGCGAAUCUCAUUCAGGAGAGUAAGCGCAAACACAACGACCUGCGCCAGGCAGCCGAGAAGUCCCUCGAUGAGCUGCGGAGUGUGAAGACAACAUCUGAAGCUCAAACAUCUGAAGACCUUGCCCAGCACCCAAACUUCGUCAACCCCUUCAUCAUUGCCUGCGGUACCAAGAAUGUCAAGUUCACUGGUAUCGCCAUCGUCUGUCUGCAGCGCCUCAUUGUGUCUCGAGCUUUGCCUCGGUCGAAGUUGAGCCAGGUCUUGGAGGCUCUGCAACAGGCCACGUCAGCCGGCCUCGAUGUGCAACUCAAGAUCCUCCAGGCCCUCCCGGCCCUGCUUGCGAACUAUUCUGUUGAUGUCAAAGGGGAGCUUUUGGUUACCGCUCUGAAUGUCUGCUUUAUCCUGCAGUCCAGCAAAAAUGCCAUCGUCAACAACACGUCUGCUGCCACGUUGCAGCAACUGGUGGUCUCUGUCUUUGACAAGGUCGUAGCCGAAGACAAAUCCGCCGCCGAGGUGCCCGCCGUCGGUGAAGUUCCCGUCCGGGAUGGCGCCGUCCCGCUCAAGGCUGCUGCCAUGGAUGCGUACAGGGUUUUCAACGACAUCUGCCUACUGACAGAAGGCCAGCGGCCCGAGUACCUUCGUGUCUCUGGGCUCGCCCAAACCUUCGGCCUUGAAUUGAUCGAAUCGGUUCUAACCAAUCACGCCGGCAUAUUUUCCGCGCAUCCCGAACAAGUCAACGUCUUGCGAACACGGGUGAUGCCCUUCAUCAUCAGUGCCUUGCGUGGCCGACCCAACUUUGCCAUCAGCGUCCGCCUAGUGCGCAUCCUGUACACUCUCCUCAGACGCCACCUCUCCCUUUUACCAUCGGAAAGCGGGGAUGCAUUCGACAUCUUGACCCAGCUCCUAGACCAAGACACGACCUCCUGGAAACGCGCACUGUGUAUGGAGGUGUUCAGGGGUAUUUUCGCCGAGCAUGCCUUGCUGCGGCGCAUAUUCAUGCUUUACGACGCACAACAAGGCCAGAAGCGCGUUCUGAAGAACCUGACGGCUACCUUCGUCCGCGUCAGCACUGAAAAGCCAUCUGUCAUCGGUUUGGGACACCAGUCGACCAUUCCCGUCGCCAGCCUAAACAGCGGGCCAUCAAGCGACCAGGUCAUGCUCGAGGCAAGCGGAGUGACCGGUAUCAUCGCUGGCUCGGUGACCUCUGAUGGCCACAACACCGGUAUAAGCACCCAGUGGAGCAUGAUGCGGGUUCCCUGCAUUGAUCAGCUCGACAAGACAGACGCUCCCAUAAUCCCAGAGUCUUACGUCUACAGCCUUACACUGGCCUGCAUCACAUCGCUUUCCGAGGGGCUUGCCAAGUUCAUUCUUCCCUUGACAGUUCCGAAUGACGGACGGAGAAAACGAGGCCUGAAGCAAGAAGCUGGCCGUGACUCGCCUGCGCCCCAGUCCCAUGAGACUCCUGAGAAGCUGGAGCGAUCCGCAUCGUUCAAACGAAACCCUGUACCCGUCAAUCCGUUAACCCUAGAGAGUCACCCUCUUUACCAGGACAUCAAGGCUUGCUCUGCCUUUAUUGACGAGUGCUGGCCAGCCAUCCUGGCCACUUGCUCAACGUUCCUCUACGCUGCCCUCGACUCCGAAUACUACCACGGCCUUGUCCGGGCGUUCCAGAAGUUUGCUCACGUCGCGGGGCUGCUCCAGCUUGCCACUCCCCGCGACGCGUUCUUGACAACCCUGGGAAAAGCCGCCGUCCCCCCAAAUGUCUUGACUGCGUGCAUGAAUGCCGGCACAGUCCGGCCUCCGCCAAGCCCCGCUGCCAUAGAGGGAUCUGGCAACAUCUUCAGUAAUGCCCGAGGGUUGCUGAGCGUCGACAGUCUUGUCAGCCCACCCAUAGCCGCAACUGAGAAGCAGAGGCAGCAUUCGUUAGACGCCAGCAAUGCCACUCUCAACACCAGGAACCUGUUGUGUUUGAGGGCCCUCUUGAACCUCGGCAUUGCGCUCGGCCCAACGCUCGCCUCAUCAUGGAGUAUCAUUCUGGAAACUCUCCAACAAGCUGACUUGGUCAUGUUCGCUUCCGGCAAGGCCGCAGGAAGGACGCCACUGGCAGCCAAGGGACUUGAUCCUCAAGCAGAGCAGGAAGCGAGUACUCUGCUUGCUAACUUCAAUACCGAGGUUCGGGCUGUUGAGACGGCAGCAUCUCGCCUAUUCGAGAGCACAGUCGAUUUUCCCAAUCCUGCCUUUGUCGAGAUUGUCGGCGCCGUAUGCAAUUUGCUUGAGCAUGCCGAACCUCCCUCCGAGGCAGGCAGCCGCCCACAAUCGCCACCCUCCACUGGAGGGCUGAAGACGCCUUCAGUUCCGCACAAGCGUGUCAUGAGCGUCUCGUCACCUUCUUCGGCAGGACCAAACCAAGAAAACCAAUUCGCCCUGACGAAACUUGGCGAUCUCGCCUCCAUCAACAUCGAACGGCUGUUGGCCUACCCUCCUGACGUCUCGGGUUGGGCAACUUUGGUCAAUGAACUUGUAUGCGCUCUGAGUUCUGUGUCGAACACCGCGCCCGUUAGAGCUCGUGCCGCAGAGACUCUCGUCCGCAUGCUCCUUGAGGAGGCUGGAGCCAUUGCUCCUCAGCCGGAAGAGAUCAGAGGGCAAAUCCAGAGACGGCUUCUUGAGGCGUUCCGUGACUCCCUUGUCCCCUUCCGAGCCUUGGACCGCGGUGCGUCAAUUGCAACCAAUGCUGUCGACGUAGACAUCCACAAAGUCAUACUCGAGGGUCUGAAGGGUCUCCUCGAAAAUUGCGGCGAGUCCCUGGUCAGCGGCUGGGAACUCACUUUCGAAAUCAUCGACAGCAUUUUUAUCCGGCGAGACAUUAGCCCAGAGGAGAACGCAGAUCCAACGGGCCAACGAGCGACGUUCGUUACGCGUGCCGUGAAGCUUAUCCGCCCGUCGUUUGCUUCCCUUCAGUUGAUAUGCUCCGACUUUCUGCCUUCCUUGCCUAACGCAUGCUUUCUUAACCUUGUCGAUACCCUAUACAAGUUCUGUACCCAGGAUGAUGAACUAAAUAUUGCGCUGACGACCGUCACAUUCUUCUGGGCCAUUUCAGAUUUUCUUUCCGCCAAGAGUAAGUCCAUGGCGAUCACGGAAGAUAUGAUUUCGGGUCCGGGAGAUGAGCCUCUGCUCAUGCUGGCGGCGGAACCUUUCGAGAAGGGCUCCGGCGCUCCUUUGUGGAUGCUCCUCCUCCUGAGGCUAACGGCGGUUGCGAUGGAUCAACGGUUGGAACUGCGGAACAGCGCCAUCCAAACAUUGAUGCGGAUAGUGUCUGCAUACGGAGAGAGCCUCAGUCCAGAGGCCUGGUCCGUUUGUAUGAGGGCUGUCAUCUUUAGACUCUUCUCCUCAGUCGAGCGCGAGCUCAGUGACACUGACGAACCCUCCACGAAGGAUAAGAGCCACGCCGAAUGGCAGGACACAGCAACGGUCGUUAUCCAAGGGGUGUCGGACCUGUUCUGCUCAUAUCUUAACCUCCUCACUGCGCACGCAAGCUUUCCGGAGAUCUGGCAUACUCUUAUCGGCACCUUCCGCACUCUUUUGGACCUUCGUAUUCUCGAUAUCAACGCAGCCACGUACAUUUCUCUCCGAGACAUUCUGCACAGGCGUGCGGAGCAGGAGACAUCUGGCUUCGGCAAGGAAAGCCUGGACCUGGCGUGGGAGAUGUGGUCGCACGGGAUACCCGUUUCCGGGGGCGGCAAAGAUGAGACAUCAGAAGAUAACCAGAAGUGUCUGGUGGUUUGGGUCGAAGCCCUCCACGAGCUCUACAGGUUGAUCCAAGCCGACUUUGGCGUUGAGCAAGUUCGCCGCAUGCUCACCCUUCUUCGCGAUGCCAUGCAGCACGCAACCCCAGGAGCAUACGCUAGCGAUACUGAGUAUGUCACUCCCCUUCAAGCCAAGAUUCUCGAGGCCUUCCGCAUGGUACGCACCGACUUGCAUGGCAUUCCUUCUGCCAUGAUUACGCAGGUGGCCGAAUUUGUCUCCCUGGCUUUCACCCGGGAAGACCCUGCACAGGCAGCAGGGGAGCGGCGCACAUAUGUCGCCAUGUCCAAGGAGAGCAUGUCCAUCCUUGAGUUGCUCAUCGUCAACAAUGCCUGGGAAAGAGACAUCUACGAAUCGGGUGCUUUCGCCACGGCCUUGUCUGCGCUCGCCAAGCCCGUCAUGCUGAAGUACCAGUUCAGGGUCGUCACCAAAUCAGUCCAGCCAUGGAGAGUUGCAACGCAGUCGGCUCUAGCUGUUCUCAAAGCAGCGCUUCCGCAUCUCCGUACUAUGGAUCUUCCUCCGGGCAUAAUCCACCACAUCUGGGCGAUCAUCGUGUCCAUCGCCAAUAGCAUCAUUAGUGCCGACUUGACCGUCCUACCAGAAGAAGGCGUCGACAUCUUGGGCGAUCAGGAUUUGGACAUGGUUGCAUUCCGAAAGCUCCGUCAACUCAUCAUUCCCGCCCUAGGUGACGAGCGUGUCCUCGAGCAAACAAGGAAGACUUACGCGGAGGGGUUGUUCCGCACAUCAAUCAUCCAUGCCCCGGCACCGAUCGAAGCGGCAGCAAUCUAUGGCCAAGAGGGCGGUGAUCGCCUGAGCCUCAGCUCCUUCUACAAGAAGCGCAAUGGCCGCACGAUCGAUCCACCUCCGAACAGGCGGGCCCUCAUGAGCGAAGUGUGCCUUGACGAGCUCUUCUCGCUCGUGGAGGCGCACAAAGAAGUGGGAGGGGCUGCCGGUGAUGCAAUCGCCGGCGAAACGAAUACACACGCUCUGCACGUCCGCCUCGCCCGCACCGUGGCGCCGUACCUGAUUCUCCGCUGUGCGCUGACGCUUCGCGGCUACGUGGCGGACCAGCCGCUCAGGGGCCGCAUGCCGCAGCCCCUGUCGCAGCGCAAGGAGCUUAUCCGUAUCCUGCGGUGUCUGGUGGAGUUGAGGUCUGAACCCGAGGCGAUCUCGGACGCGAUGAAUGUAGAUAGUGAGACGCGGAAGCAUCUGCUGAGGCUGUAUCCUCUGUUGGUUAGCGCGGUGCAGGUCGCGGGCACCGCGGGUGAUGAGGAGGUGUUGGGGUUGAUUAGGGAGGCGCUCAAUGUGGUGGGCGGGGAAUUUGGAUUAUGAUUUGACGGGGCCUUAGUAGCAGGAUUUGUCGAAUCCAUUGUUGCAAGUUGGCUGAAUUACCGUGAGCGGUCCAAUGAGUCCAUGUCUACGCCAUGCCUCGCUUUUCUCUUAAGGUCCACGUCGGUGGAAUAAAUAAUGAUACAGCCGAUAUCCGCGU